AUGAGACUUUUCAUCGGCAGAGAGACACGAUCAAUAGUCAUCUCUUCUAAUAAUUACUGUUUAUCGUUUCAGCGAUUACGUAGCAUACCGGGAGCCAGUUCCCAACAACGUCAACUGAAUAAAACCCCUAGUGUAACAAUAAAAUCCUUUCCUGAUACGGAUCUUUCGAAUGAUACUAAUUAUAUCGAAGUUAAAAGUUGCAUAUUCAAUGGAUUAUUAGGGCUCGUCUGUCUUAAUGGAGAUAUCUAUGCCGCCGUCAUAUCUGGUGUCCAGAAUGUUGGGUUUCCUCGAUGGAAACUAAUAGAUCACCAAGUGAGACCUACAGAGAGCAUUUAUAAGAUUUUAGAUGUCGACUUUUACAGCUUGGAAAAUGACGUUUUUGAUUACCUCCUUUGCGAGAGGUCGGAACAAAACUACGAUAAACUAAUUCACGAACAUCCUUGUGGUCCCCUUAAAAAACUGUUUAGUGAUGGAACAUUCUAUUAUUCUAGAGAUUUCGAUAUCUCCAACAUUGUGAAAAACCACGGCUUAUCACAUAACUUAGAAUACACUGUAGAUAACCAAGAUUUAUCAUUCAUUUGGAACGCCAACCUGGCAAGUGAGGUAAUUAGUUGGAGAAGUAAGAUUUCGAAUCAGGAGAAGCAACUUUUUGCUAAUGCAGGGUUCUUAACAUUUGUCAUAAGAGGUUAUUGUAAGACAGCAUUGAUAGAAGAUGGCUCAAAUACGGCCUCGAUAACUAUAAUUUCCAGGAUUUCAACUGAGAGUAAGCAGGAUACGCUAGAAUUGGAGGGCAUUAGUGAAGAUGGGAAGAUUUCGUUAUUUGUUGAAACGGAGAUCGUGGUGACCACAGAAAAAUUCAUUUUUUCGUACACUCAAGUGAACGGAAGUAUUCCUCUUUUUUGGGAAUCUGUUGAAAGUCAGCUGCUGUAUGGGAAAAAGAUCAAGGUAACGAAGGAUUUCAUUGAAUCUCAAGGAGCCUUUGACAGGCAUUUCGAUAAUCUGACCUCAAAGUAUGGUGUCGUAAGUAUUGUCAAUAUCAUAAAACCUAAAAGCGAGUCGCAAGAAAAACUAGCACUGGUGUAUAAGGAUUGUGCUGAAUCAAAGGGAAUAAAAAUAACAAAUAUAGAAUACAGUUCCAGCGUUCUAGCAAAAUCUCCCCAUAAAUUGCUCUAUUUAUUGAAGCAGGAUAUUUAUGAGUUCGGUGCGUUUGCUUAUGAUAUCUCCAGAGGCAUUUAUUUUGCAAAACAAACUGGUGUUUUACGAAUAAGCGCUUUUGAUUCAAUUGAAAAACCUAACACAGUUGAAAGAUUAGUGAGCAAGGAAGUACUUGAGUUGACCACAAAUGAAAUUGAUGUAUUCGAGCUUACUUCCCCAUUUUUGGAUGCUCAUGAUAAGCUAUGGUCGGAAAAUUAUUACUGGCUUGAUCGAACAUACACCAAGCAUACAAAGAAUUCUGGAAAAUACUCAAAAGUUUAUUGGAAAUUAUUUGGUUCGCGAGUCAGACUAUACGACCCGCUACAUAUCUACAUCUCUCAACAUUUAAAGCAGUUGAGGUCCAAAUAUACGUUUGAGAAAGACAUCUCAAUAUUUGCGGGAACAUUUAAUAUAAGUGGGAAAAUCCCAAAAGAUGAUAUAAAGGAUUGGAUCUUUCCGAAGUCAAUGUCAAAGGACGCCGAAAUGGCUGAUCUUUAUGUCAUCGGAUUAGAAGAAGUGGUAGAGCUCACCCCAGGUCAUAUGCUUGCCACAGAUCCAUACGUUCGGCAGUUUUGGGAAAAGAAAAUACUGACGUUACUGAAUGAGCCCGGGCGCGAAAAGAAAUAUGUACGUCUAUGGAGUACGCAAUUGGGUGGAAUUUUACUUUUAUUAUUUAUGAAUGAGGCAGAAUAUUCAAAAGUCAAACAUAUUGAGGGAGAUGUAAAAAAGACCGGAUUUGGAGGAAUGGCUUCGAACAAGGGGGCUGUUGCGGUUAGUUUCAAGUAUUCCGCUACAAGAUUUUGCGUACUGGUGUCUCAUUUAGCUGCAGGAUUAGAAAAUGUUGAACAAAGACACAAUGACUAUAAAACGAUUGCAAAAAGCAUCAGGUUCUCUAAAGGAUUACGGAUAAAGGAUCAUGAUGCAAUUAUUUGGAUGGGUGAUUUCAAUUACAGAAUAUUAAUGUCAAACGAAGAUGUUAGGCGAAAAAUCGUUUCUAAAGAAUAUUCCAGUUUAUUUGAGAAAGAUCAACUUAACCAACAGAUGAUUGCAGGUGAAUCUUUCCCAUACUUCCAUGAAAUGGCAAUUGAUUUCCCGCCUACCUAUAAAUUUGACCCAGGGACGAAAAACUACGACACAAGUGAAAAAAUGAGGAUACCAGCAUGGACUGAUCGAAUAUUGAGUAGGGGGGAAGUGCUUAAACAAUUACAAUAUAAAUGUUGUGAAGAUAUUGUCUUUUCCGAUCAUCGACCAGUAUACGCCACAUUUAGGGCGAGAGUAACCGUGGUCGAUGAACAAAAGAAGACUACUCUGGGCACACAAAUCUACGAGAAAAUUAUGGAAAGGCUGGAAGGGCUGGAUGAUGAUGAGAAAAUUGCGGUUUUGAGUGACGAUGCAUUUGUUAUUGAAAGUCUUGAAGGAAAUGAUUCGAUAGCUCGACCUACGCAUUCUCCGACACCGAUUCCUGAGCCCAAAAGAGGCAGGAAAUUACCACCACCUAGUUCAGACUUAAGAAAAUGGUGGAUCGGGAACGGGAAGCAGGUCAAAGUAGUUCUUGACGUAGACCCGGCCAUUUACAUGCUUAAUCCUGAAAGAAAUCCCAACCCGUUCGUCGAAAACGGAGAUGAACCGCUUUUUAUAGAAAGGUAA